UUUGUUGUCAGUAUUUUUUUGAUGAAAACAGAAGCUGUACCAUACUCUAGUCAUAGAUAAGUGGUAUAUGAUUGGUCUUCUGACUCGAAAAUUAUGACUUCAUUCGGAAAAUAUGUUAGUAAUUUUGUCAAAACAGCUGUUUCGUCUAUUUCCCCUAAUAAAGUAACACCUUAUACUUUAAGCCAAUACGAAUCUGAAUAUGAAAAUUGUGAACAGUUACUACAACAAAAGUCAACUUAUUAUUUCUACAAAGUGGCAAAUCAUUUUGAUAUGGUUUACUUACCUGGAUCAGUUGGCAUUCCAGUCAAUGGAGAGACUGUCUAUGCUUACAGGUGUUUAUCUACUUUCAUUUAUUCAAAAUGUUAUUCACUCUUAAAUUUGUCUAGUUUAUUUAGAUUUCAAGGCGAACAAGAAGCAGGCGUCGCUGUAUUUUUAAGAUACAUAGAAGUUUUGGAUCCUCUGCAUUUAGCCUGUAUGAACAUGAGUUUAUCCAUUGAUCGCACAUAUUUGGAGAAAAUAACUGCGCACUGUCGAAACCAGUGUGGCUGGUCAGCUGCUCAUGUAGCUGCAGCGAUGUCUUGGCGUGAGGUUUUCUUAAGCGAGUCAGUAAAGGGUCUUUUAAAUGAAUAUGAUCCUCUUUCUGGUCUAACUCCACUACGAGUCGCAAUCAAAGAGAAUGAUGAAGAGACAGUUCAGUCUUUAGUAACUAUGGAUAAUAUCAAGGCAACUGAAAAAGAUGAGGAUGGUAAUACUGUUCUCCAUUUGGUUUUGGGAGAUACUUCGGUGAAAAUUUUAUCUGAACCUGAAUAAGUGGAAACGAUUGCAGAUGUAAUAAAUCCCCAAAAUAAAUAGCUCUGUAAGUCUUCAACAUUGGAUGCUGACCACAUGUUUUAAUGAACUCAGCUAGCUGAAGGUGCUCUGUCAUUCAUCACGAAUAGGGACGCUGUGCUCAAAAUCACCUGCAAUCGCUAGCCACUCUAGAUCAUUCCAUCCACGAUAUAUUGAUAGCCUGUCAAAUAUAUAUUCAAACCUCUUCAA